GCUUGGUUAGCGCCACUCUGCUUGGAUGCAGCUGCUGUGAGUGUUUGGCUCUAGGUGGGCUCACGCGGUCGUGAUGUCUCGGGAGACGGAUGUGGAGUGUCAGCAGUCCCAUGGCAGUGGUGCUUGUUCGCAGUCCCAAGGCACUUUCUCACAGUCUCAAGGCAUCUCCUCGCAGACACACGGCUCCUCCUCACACUCUCAGGGCACAUCCAGCUCCACCAGCACAGCACCCACAUCUAGCCAGUCGUCUCACUCCAGCUCGGGGACCCUGAGCUCCUUAGACACAGUGUCCACCCAGGAACUCUGUUCUAUUCCUGAGGACCAGGAACCUGAAGAGCCUGUCCCUGCCCCUUGGGCUCGAUUAUGGGCCCUUCAGGAUGGAUUCCCCAAUCUUGAGUGUGUUAAUGACAACUACUGGUUUGGGAGAGAUAGAAGCUGUGAAUACUGCUUUGAUGAGCCAUUGCUGAAAAGAACAGAUAAAUACCGGACUUACAGCAAGAAGCACUUUCGGAUUUUCAGAGAAAUGGGUCCUAAAAACUCUUACAUCGCAUACAUAGAAGAUCACAGUGGGAAUGGAACCUUUGUAAAUAGAGAGCUGGUAGGGAAAGGAAGACGCCUUCCUUUGAAUAACAAUUCUGAAAUUGCACUUUCAGUAUGGAGUAAUAAAGUUUUUGUAUUUUUUGAUCUGACUGUAGAUGAUCAGUCAGUUUAUCCUAAGGAAUUAAGAGACGAAUACAUCAUGUCAAAAACUCUCGGAAGUGGUGCCUGUGGUGAGGUGAAGCUAGCUUUUGAGAGGAAAACAUGUAAGAAAGUAGCCAUAAAAAUCAUCAGCAAGAGGAAGUUCGCUAUUGGCUCUGAGAGAGAGGCAGAUCCAGCUCUCGAUGUUGAAACAGAAAUAGAAAUUUUGAAAAAGCUAAAUCAUCCUUGUAUCAUCAAGAUCAAAGACUUUUUUGAUGCCGAAGAUUAUUAUAUUGUUUUGGAAUUGAUGGAAGGAGGAGAGCUGUUUGACAGGGUGGUGGGGAAUAAGAGGCUGAAAGAAGCUACGUGCAAACUCUAUUUUUACCAGAUGCUCCUGGCUGUACAGUACCUUCAUGAAAAUGGCAUUAUACAUCGGGACUUAAAGCCAGAGAAUGUUCUACUCUCAUCUCAAAAAGAGGACUGUCUUAUAAAGAUUACUGAUUUUGGGCAGUCUAAGAUUUUGGGGGAGACCUCUCUCAUGAGAACCUUAUGUGGUACUCCCACCUACCUGGCUCCUGAGGUUCUUAAUUCCUUUGGGACUGCUGGAUAUAACCGAGCGGUGGAUUGCUGGAGUUUAGGAGUUAUUCUUUUUAUUUGCCUUAGUGGGUACCCACCUUUCUCUGAGCAUAAGACUCAAGUGCCCUUGAAGGAUCAGAUCACCAGUGGAAAAUUCAACUUCAUUCCUGAAGUCUGGGCAGAGGUCUCAGAAAAGGCCCUGGAUCUUGUCAAGAAGUUGUUGAUGGUGGAUCCAAAGGUGCGUUUUACAACAGAAGAAGCUUUAAGACACCCGUGGCUUCAGGAUGAGGACAUGAAGAGAAAAUUUCAGAAUUUACUUUCUGAAGAAAAGAAGUCUACAGCUCUACUCCAGGUUCCAGCUCAGCCUUCCACAAGUCGAAAGCGGCUUCUUGAAGGGGAAGCAGAGGAUGCUGACACCACAAAGCGUCUGGCUGUGUGUGCUGCUGUGUCGUGAACACUGGUUGAACAUGAAAGACCCCAACCUUCUUGAAUCCUGCUGCCAUUUUCUUUAAAUCUGUUUAUUGUAGUUUUAAUUUUAAUUAUGCGAACAGUGGUUUUUUCCCAAUCAUCAAUACAUAAUUCCAAACCUAGUGAAACCUGAACCUUGUGCUUCUGCUUGAUAAGGAGCUCUUUACUUGCAUGGCUUUUUUGUGUAUUUGCAGUUUUUGCUUUCUGUCUGGUGCUUUACAUUGGCUGGAACCUGGUGGGUAUCCCUGGUCUCAGCCUGGGCAAGCUGCAUACAAAUUUGAAAGGUCCUUUAGCAAGUUGCUGGGAAAGGUGCACAGCAAGGUUGGGGUGGAUUUUGUAGAGCCUGACUGAUUGCCAAAGUCCUCAUGAGAUAGGAGGUACUUUGGUACCGUAUCCCAGGAACCAGUUUUAAAUUCUCAUUCUCACCCAUAUAAAGAUACAGGUCCAUCAUCACUGGAACUAUGGGACCAGAAAAGUUGUAAUAUUAGAAUAUUUACUGAUUUUAGGAAGGAUACAUGGCACAUUGACUCUAUUUUGUAACACCCAGCAGAGUCCUAUAACCAAACACUUAAAUAUGUUUGCAGCAAAUAUUCACAAUAAAACAGUUAGAAAAGACGAUUAGUGCCGCAUGUCAAUUCAGGUCAGCUUUUUUCUGUCAAAGGAGUUAGGGGAUGACUCUCAGAUUUCAAAGCUGUUUGGAUUUUAGAAAUACAGAUAAGGCAUGUGGGCAUUUCAUGUUGAGCCAACAAUGACCGAGAAGGCCCUGUAUAAAGUCCUUCCCUUGGCUGGUCUUGUCUAGUCCUCACAGUGAUGUUAUGGUAUAAGUCCUCUGACUGCCCAAAUGUCGUAGGUGAGAAACCCAGGAUGAAAGAGCAAGGUGACUUGUCCAGUGUCACAGAGCAAAUGUCAGAGGUGGGACCCAACUCAGGUCUUUCUCACUCUAAUAUUCCUCAUCUUCUCGGACUCAAAUACAGUCAGACUCAGGAAUGUUGAAAUGGGCUCAACAUGAAAUGCCCACAUGCCUUAUCUGCAUUUCUAAAAUCCAAACAGCUUUGAAAUCUGAGAGUCAUCCCAUAACUCCUUUGACAGAAAACAACUGAUCUGAAUUGACUCACACUGACAAAACUCACAAGAGACUGAUAUCUAAAUCCUAAAUGCCAGUGUGUUCAAUUACUACAAGAGGGUACAGCUCCAUGAUCUGUGGAAGUUGGGAUAACGUGGUGGCAAGGAACAAAAGCUCAUUCAUUCAUGAUAAAGGGGAUUUGAUUCAAGGUUAUAGAUGUCUGGACCUGGGAUCCAUGAGGAGCCCACGCAUUUGUAAUGCUUGGUUCCUCUUGUCUCUUUGACGCACUGAUUUUGCUUCCCAUGUAUCUUUGACUUGUUGAUAGUAGGCCACAUUAUAGCUCACUGGUCAUAUCAUGAGUUGAAUGCCAAUGCCUUGAUUCUGAUGCCACUGAUGAGCCAACCAGGGCAUCGGUGCACACAGCUGUUGCUGUGGGCAGUUAGUGGUGGUUGACAAUUUCCAUUAGAAGGGUGAGCAAGCAUUCUGAGGCUUGGCUAGCCUGGUGUUUGUGUGUGUGUAUGGGUGGGGGGUAGAUGGGGAUUUAAGUGGUUUGCAUAUUUAAAAGAAGGAGACUGAGAUUGCCAAAUUAGAUGGGUUUUUAGCUCAUUUGAAUAUGUACUGUGAAGGCUGUGGUUUCUUAGGGCAUUUUUCCCCUCUUGGAGCAGAGUCAGCAAGCUCCUCUCUGUUUCCAGAGCACUUUUUAUUUGCUCCCUCUGAUUAUACCGACCAUAGUAGAUAGAAUAAUGGCUCCCAAAGAUGAUCUCAUCCCAAUCCCCAUCAUGUAUGAAUAUGUUCCUUUACGUGGCAAAGGAGAUUUUGCAGAUGUGAUUGAGUUAAGGAUCCUGAGAUGGGAAGACUAUCCUUCUUUUCUGGGUGGGUCCAACAUCAUCACAAUGUUUCUUUUGAGAGGGACACCAAAGGAGUCAGAAGAGAAUGGAGUGAGCUGCUUUGAAGAGGGAGGAAAGGGCCAUAAGCCAAGUGAUACAGGUGGCCACUAGAAGCUGAAAAAAGGCAAGGACAUGGAUUCUCCCCUCAGAGCCUCUCCUGGAGGGACCAGUCCUUUACAUCUUGACUUUCACUAGUAGAAAUGAUUUCAGGCUUUUGAACUACAAAACUAUAUAAGAGAAUAAAUUUGUGUUGUUUUAAACCACCCAAUUUGUGGUAAUUUUUUAUAGAGGCCAUAGGAAACUACUAUAUUCCUCAAUAAAGAGAUGUCAACUGCUUAUUUAUUUAUUUUAAAGAUUUUAUUUAUUUGAGAGAGAGGGAGAAACAACCAAGAGUGGGGUGGGAGGCUGGCUAGGGUCAGAGGGACAGGGAGAGGCUGAUGUGGGGCUCCGUCCCAGGACCCUGGGAUCAUGACCUGAGCUAAAGGCAGAUGCUUAACUGACUGGGCCACCCAGAUGUCCCUCAGCUGCUUAUUUGGGGCCACCCAGCAUCCACUUCUUCUGACCACUCCAAUUUUCUUUUAAGGCAAUUCUUUUUCCUUAUCUCAUGGGGGAAAAGGGGAAAUGGUAAAACUAAAUGUCUGUCUGGUCUCCUACCUAGAGGUGGGCCCAAGACUUUGAAACAUGAGCAAAUGGAGCCUGGAUGGCAACACUAGUGGUAGAAACAAUAUCGUGUCAGUAUGAGCUCUUUGUACUUCCUGACUUUGGCUUUGAAAUUACUGAGCUUUUGUGUCCUUAUCUACAAGGUAGGUGCAAUAAGAGUAUGUCUCAUAUGGUGUUUUUGAGGAUUGAAUGGGGGAAGGCCAUUUAAAGUGUCUACAUGUAAUAAGGGAUCUGUCAUUGGUGGCUUCCAUCAUUAAAGGUGGGAGGACCACAUAAGUACCUAGAGGGGAGCCAUAGAAAAUCCUUGAGCAGGGAAGUAGUGCAGUCUGUUCAGGUUUUGGGGGCAGAGGCACACACAAGAUGGGCAGAUAAUUGAGAUGCCUUUGACCUAACAUUUGGGAAAUGUCAGGACUGGGUGGAUGGUGAGAGCAGAGGUGGAGGGGCAAUUUCCAGUGGCUGAAGUAACUGCCACUCCCUUCUGCAGAACAGGCAUGUUGUUCCACCUGCUGCAUGCCUAGAUAAUGGUGGAGUGGACACCUUUUAUUUGUGCCUGUCCUCAUCUGAUGCCUCUUGUGACAACUGUAUCGCUAUUUUCCUGGGGGAGGUGUCCCUCUUCUCACUCCCCUGACCCCAUCCCCUUCCUAGGGGGCUCAGUAUAGCCAGGUUUGGCCACUCUUGCUGUGAUCAGCUCAGGUAGGGACUUCAAAUAAGUGCAAUGAGUCAACCCUGAGACUGGCUGCAAUUAUUGGCAAAUAGCUCUGGCUUUCCUGAUCAUAUAUGAGCUAAGUGCUGCCCAGGACACUGGAGAGAGCUGCAUGAGAAAGAAGGCAUCCAAGAGGCAAGCAGAGCUGAAAGAGAUUCAAGAUUUAAGUCCUUGUUUGAACACCUCGAUCCAGCUAUGCCUGAAGUGAGCUACCACCCAGAGACUUUUCAAUU